GCAAAUUCAAGAAGAGUGCGUGAACCCACAUACAUACGCAAAGCUUAGGAAUAAAACAUGAGCACAAAGAUGAAGAAGGGGAUCCUGAAGCCGUUCCGCUACAUUUCAAACAUGAUGGAUGGUAAAGAGCCUGAGAUGCAAAUCGGAUUCCCAACGGAUGUAAAACAUGUGGCACAUAUCGGUUGGGAUGGUCCUGGCGCCACAAAUAACAACAACAAUGCUGGAGGAGCACCUAGCUGGAUGAAGGAUUACCAUUCGGCACCACUGGAUUCGUCGUCUUUUAGGAGCGAGAGUGGGGGCACAGCUGCUGCAAAUCCCUGGGCUUCUCAAGAGAUAGUCAUGGAUGGAGGCAUUGGAGAAACGUCCUUCAGGGACACGAAAAGCGAGGCGGGCGACGUCGGCGGGGGCGACUCCCCACCGUCCCCCGGCACGCGCCGGUCGAGACGGCACCGCUCCCGGGGCUCCGCCACCUCCUCCAUGGACGUCACGGGCGCCGAGGGCGCCGACGAGAAGAAGAAGGACAAGGGCAAGAAGGGCCCCCGCAAGAACCGCAAGAAGGACAAGGACAAGCCCGAGGACGGCGGCGCCGCCACCUGCCAGGACCUUCCCGCCGUGCCCAAGAAGUCCAACCGCCGGAAAAGCAAGGGCAGCUCCGAGGGAACCGGCGGCGCGGCGGCGGUGGCAAAGGACGGCGCCGCCGCGGCCGCGCCGGAGGAGGGGGCGGCGGCGCCCCUACCCCCCGUGGCCGACGACUAGGAUCCAAACUUUUGGCGUCGUUUUGGGGCAACCGAAUGAAGCAUUGCUGCAGAGAGUACUCUGAGCUCGAUUAGUAGGGAUGAUCAGGCGGCGAUCGAUGGAUGUAUGGUACUCGAAGGGCACAUGCAUUGAGGAUUUGAGGCGUCGUCCAAAGGUUUGAUGAUCACACGUUCAUCUAGUAGCGUUCCCGGGGGUGGGUGUGGGUGUGCACGCACAAAUGCCAAUUCUUUUCUCUAUUUCUUUCUGUAACAAUAUUGAUCCACUUUUCUCU